AGAAGCAGCAAACAGAUAUGAAACAUCGAUACUGAGAUGUAGAAGUAGACCUGCGCAGAUACUGAGAGCAUCCUGUUUCUAUGUGCCACGAUGCCGACUAGGCUGCUUCUGCUUCUCUGUCUGGCAGGACAUGUGUUUACUAAAGAACCACCAGAUGUGGAGUGUUUGGUGGUGAAUCUGGAAUAUGUUCACUGUUCCUGGAAUAAGCAGGGGACUCCAGAGGUCAAUUACACCUUCUACGGCUGGUUCCACCGUCACGACGUCAGUGAGUGCCCCAACUAUCUGUCAGAGAACAACAUUACGAUUGGAUGUAACCAACCCUACGGCGAAGUGACCAACAGGUUCAGCUCAUUUUACACCAAACUGGAACAUGGCAACCAGAGUUCUCAGAGGACGCUUGAUCUUAGAUCAAAAGUCAAGUUAAAUCCACCAACCAACGUGACCGUCCAGAAUGGAUCCGACUCCAACCUGUGGCUCAGCUGGAGCCAGAUUUCUUAUCAAUGUGUGGAGAGUGAAGUUCGCUACAGGGUCAACAACAGGAAUUGGGCGCCUGCUCAAGUCAGCAGCGGGGUGCAGAGAUACUGCAUCAACCUCCCCUCCCGCAGUUCCCUGUAUGAGCUGCAGGUGAGGAGCAGAAUUGGGGAUAACUGUGGAAAGUCUUCAUUCUGGAGUAACUGGAGUAAGCCUGUGUUCUGGGGAUCCAACAACAGCACAGUCAUUCAUCAGAUGACCACUUCAAUGUCUGCGUGGACCCCAGUGGUGUCGGUGGUGGCUGCUUUGGUCCUCAUCCUACUGGUCAUGCUGUUGCUGCACCAUGAGAGAAUCAGAAUCAUGAUCAUCCCUGUGGUUCCCAAGCCAUCAUCGUACCUUCACAACGUCGAGGAUUGGUUUCAGUUCCCCAAAGGCAUGAAAGAGAGUUUUGCUUACAAUGAGCGUCCCUGUGCUGUCCGUGAGUACUGCCACGUCUCCGAGUUCGACGCCGAGAGCUCCAGCUGCUCCUCCACCUGCUCUGUCACCACCGACCAAACCGACUGCUCCGUCUCCGUCUCCAUCCCUGUGAACGAACCGGACCGGUCUACCCCCUGCUCCUCUUCCACCUCCACGGUCUCAUCUGAGGAGGAGCAGCAGGUUUUGGUUUAGGAGGCGUCUCAGUCAGGGAUGGGUCGCCCUAAACUUUACAAUCCAGAUCUCCUGCGUAACUGCAAAGAUCAGAAAAUAGAUAAAUUAUGUUUGGCUCCCCUUAUGAGAAGAAAACAGAUAUCUGUUUGAGGCGCUUAGAAGCAGUGGAUUAAAAGAUAACUUUGGUAUUUUUCUACCUGGAUCCUAUUUUCCCAUGUUUUUGUGUCUAAGUGGCUAACAGGGACAACACUUUGAAA